ACAUCUGCUGCUUCCACCUCGCCCUUUCCCACCCAACUCCCUGGCCCUGUCCCCCUCACCCCACUGCACACGCUGACAUGCAAGCAAGCAUGCCCAUGCCCAUGCCAUCGCCAUCCUUUCAAACAUGGCACAAGCGCGGUGCUAUACUGCUAGCCUUUUGGACCGCCGUGGUGCUCUCCCUUCCAGCAUGGUGGUACCUCACCAGCAUCCAGCGACUGGCUCUGCCUCAAGAGCGCGUGCAGCAUUGGGUGCAAAGGGGUCAUUGUCCCAUUCGCAUCCCGCUUCGCAUUGUCGUGGAGGUGGGCGUGGAAGUGUCGGGUGCAGCGGGGCAGACUCCAACUGCAUCUGCAUCUGCGCUCCAUGGAUUGCGGCAUGAGCUGGAGUCGCUCUUGCACUCGACGCGCACCCCUACGCCCAAUUGCGAGCAGGUGAUGGAAGUGCAAGUGGUUGGAGAAGGAGCGCGAGCGCACAUCACCGAUGAGCACGGCAGCGCACAGCUCAUCACCUUGUCGCUCUCUGCCAGCGCACCGCUCAGCCUCGCCAACGACGUUGCAUCCCACUCCUCCUCCUCCUCCUCCUCCUCUUCCUCCUCCUCCGCCAGCAUCGCUGAUCAAGCGCACGCCAUCCAUCAAGCCAUUUGCAAGUUGCUGCAGCUCGAAGCGAUCCCCACCUCCAUCUCUGCCCGCGAGAUCCCUUACUCUCGCAGAGUGCGAACAGUCUGGCACUUGCUCAACGAAGACGCUUCCGUCAGCCGAGCCAGCAAUCAUACGCGCUACUCGGGCGUGAGAGGGUGGGAUGCGCAGGCUCUCAAUCAUGCCCUCAUCCGACACAUCGGUCCCAUUGCCCAUCAUCUCGACGCUAUUCACGAUGUCGCUACGGAAUCGCAAGUCAAGUGGCACGCACCUCUAGACUUUCAGCCCGUCGAGAUGCACGUGCCUGGCGAGAGCGUGCCAGAGGUGCUGGAAAGCGUGCCACAGCGGCAGAAACAGGAGGGCGACCAGAGCGCAGAUGAUGCGGUGACGCGCGAUGCGAGCACGCAAGAGGAUGCGUCAGAGGCGCGUGUUAGCGAUGAGCCGGCUGAUGCGGAAUCAUUUCCGAGCGAGGAGCAGCAGCUCGCGACCGGCAUUGCGCUUCCGGAGCUUCCGCAGCCAAAGAAGGUGCAUCUGAUCACCCCGGAUGAUCUGACCGUCUUUGUCAAUAGCGCCGCCUGGGGUCUAUCAUCGCCCUCACCGGCGGGCGAGUACGAGUUUCCAAGGGCUCCGUGGACCACCAAGCGUUUGGAUGAGGCGGAAGAACAUGCAUGGGGCUCCGAGGAGUUGGAAGAAGAGAGGACGCUUCAUUUCGUCCUUUUUGUUGCUGCGCCUCAUCAUCGACCGCUGCUCAUCCAGACCCACAACUCAACGGCAGCAGCAGCUUCCAACUCUAGCGGGUUCUUGGUACCUCAAUGGGGAGGCGUCUUUCUGCACAACAUUGCAGAGGUGCAGGCGGCUUCAAAUGUUGGGGAUGCGCUGGCACCCGCGCUAGGCUCCGACGAUCUGGACCCAGCUAUGCGCGUCUUUGCUUCCCAAUUGAGAGCACUUUUGGGUUUGAGAAUACCCGUCUCGCCCCGAGGUAGUACGCAAGGGCAGAGGGAAGCGCGCAUAGCAGUAGCUCGUGACGCUCUGCUUCGAAGACGCAUCGCAGAGACUGCGAGAGAGGCGGUCAGGACGUUGGAUGGCAUCAUCAAGCUUACGGACAAGAUUGAGAAUCUGGGAAUCGGACCGAGGGUCAGGGAUGAUGUGAUGAGCGCAUUGGAUGCGUUGGAUCAGCUCGAGACGGAAUUACGAUUGCAAGGUUCUUCUGCCGGAUCGGCUUCCGAGCGGUUAUCUCGGGCGCUAUCGCACAGCAGACGAGCAGCGUCUCACGCUUCCAGAGCAUUCUUCAAUAGAGACAUGCUAGCUCUGCUCUACUUUCCCGCAGAACACAAGUAUGCCGUGUACACGCCAUUAUUCGGACCUGUCGCUGUACCCCUCUUGGUCGCUUUGGCUAGAUUGGCAAAGGAGAGGCGGCGCAAAGCGAGAAGCAGCGCGGAAAAGGAAAGGGAGAGCAUCAACAAAAGAAGGGAGCGGUGAAGCGUGCGAGAGUGGGGAUGCUGCUUGCUGCUGCGUCAGCCAGCAUGUGGCUCGCGCGCCGCCGCCGCGUCCCAAGCUUUCAGAUGGGGCAGAACAGCAAAAUCGUGCACUCCCCCCCUCGUCGGUUCAUUCGUAGAGUCUAAUUGUCACAACGUUUCAUUCGCGAUACUGCAAGCCGUU